GUCCAAAUGGACCAGCCAUUUCCCUAAUUCUGGCAUCUCUCUCUAACCCCAUUGCAGCUAAAUUUUCUCUUGAGAAGAAUUGAUGGCCAUCGCCCCCUCAAUUCGCCGGAGGAAUCUUUAAAACAUAAUGAGCUUCAGGAACUCUUCAAUCGGUUUGGGAAAGCAAUCGUUAUUUGAAGAGCAGAGCAACAAGGUUGAGGAAGUAAAAGCUUUGUUGGGACCUCUGCCAGAUAAAUUUUCUCGUUACUGUUCAGAUGCCUGCAUUAGAAGAUACUUGACAGCAAGAAGCUGGAACGUUAGGAGAGCAACUAAAAUGCUUAAAGGAACUCUAAAAUGGCGUCUGGAAAAUAAGCCAGAAGAAAUUCGUUGGGAGGAUAUAGCCCAUGAAGCUGAGACUGGGAAAAUCUAUAGAUCAAAUUUUGUUGAUAAGUACGGAAGAAUUGUCCUUGUCAUGAGACCCCGUGGAUGCCAGAGCACAAAUUCAACACAGGGACAGAUUAGGUACUUGGUGUACUGCAUGGAGAAUGCCAUUUUAAAUUUGCCAGAAGACCAAGAGCAGAUGGUUUGGCUCAUUGAUUUCCAUGGGUUCACCAUGUCGAACAUAUCAGUAAAGGUGACAAAAGAAACAGCAAAUGUUCUACAAGAUCACUAUCCAGAAAGACUAGGGGCGAUGAUUUUGUAUAACCCUCCGAAGAUCUUUGAAUCUUUUUGGAUGGUGGUAAAACCUUUUCUAGAGGCUAAGACUAACAAAAAAGUUCAGUUUGUUUACAAAGUCGACCACAAUUCUCAAAAGAUCAUGGAAGAGCUAUUCGAUAUGGAUGAGCUGGAAACUGCAUUUGGAGGAAAGAAUCACACGAGUUUCAACUACACAGAUUAUGCUGCAAAGAUGAUGGAAGACGAUAAAAGGAUGCCUCUGGUUUGGGCCGGAGGGGAUGCAGCUCAGCCUUUACCUGUGUCUAGCCUUAAUAUCGACAUAGGGUCAGAUUCUGAUGAGUCGGUUAAAGAAGACCCAGAUACUGCCUUGAAGAGAUGAGAGUAGCGAGCUCAUUUGGUUCAACAUUAGACUAACCUCUGUUUUAGCUACCUCCUAUUAGCCAGAUUGUUCCCUCGAAAUAAAUACCAGGAUGUAAAGUACAUAUUCUAUUUUCUAUUUCUGUUUUCUUUCAUCAGGACAUCUCUAAUUGGAUUGUUACUUGUGUUGAGGCUGCACAUCUUAUUUUGUACAAUUUCUGCCUCUCAGUUUGUCGGCAAUUGUCUUCCUUACGCAUCAAAUCUAA